ACAACUACAGUUGCAGAGUUCAGGGGUUCCUUGGAGUAGCAUUAAAGUCUCAAAGCAAAGAACACCAAAGAUUUAUAAAAAAAAGAGUGUUUUCUAUAAUAAAUUGGUUUCUUUUCUGUGAUUUAUACAUGUGAGAAGCUUUUGUUUUUUUUUCCUUACAUAAAAAAGAUCUGAAACAGAGCAUAAAGAUGGUUUACUUUCGUCAGAUCUUUCUCAUGAUCAUCAUUGUAGUGGCCAUAUCAUUACAAUGCUGUAGCAUUUCUGCUGAUGAGAGACACCGAACCCAUAUCGGAAAACUCGUCGGAGAAGACGGAGGCGAGAAAAUUUUGGAAAAGUUCAGAGCUUUACUCGAUUUGAUCAAACCCUCUACUUCCCGGAGAAGAAACCUCGCCGAGUCUUCUCCUUACUCUCCUUGGCCGGCGCCGUCGCCGUCUCCGUUACCAAGCCGUGGUCCAGUGGAGCCUUCUCCGGCGUACUCUCCAGCUCCUCAACGGCCAAUACCUCCGCAUCUCCGUCGUCCGUUGCCUCAUUUGACACAUCCACCGAGACAACACGAGGUUCAGAGGGGGAAACGUGAGAAGGAAGGAACGUUUAAGAAGAUUUUAGUACCUGUUGUGGUGUCAACAGCUUGUGGGAUAGGUUUCGUGGUUUGUGUUGUUGUAGUGUUCUGUCUCUGCGCGAGAAUCAAAAAGAAGAACGGUAAAACGCUGUCGUUUGAAAGGAAACAGAGGAAGUCUCAGAAGGUUAGUAUAAACCCUACUCUUGACUUCUUGUAUUUAAACUCGGUUGGUGUUGAUUUGGAGAGACAGAGCUCUGUUCUCGUUAAAGAAACGGAGAAGGAUUUGGAGGAUGAGUUGCGUGAAGAAGAGGUUAAGAGAAGUUUAGAAACAGAGAUCUGGCUAGAUUCGGACAAUGCUGGUAGUUAUUCAACUAAAGAGAUUGUGUCGGUGCAAGAAAAUAAUGAUGAAAAAACAGAGUACUCUGUUUCUGCUACUAUUGUUAGCCGUGGAUGUGAUUCUUCAGAUGAUGAUGAGAAAACAGAGCACUCUGUUUCUGCUCCUGUUGUUAGCAAUGGAUGUGAUUCUUCAGAGGAAGAUGAGUCUUUUCAUUCCGUUGGUGGUGGCUCACAGUAUUCAAAUCCAAGACUCUCGAAUGCUUCUUCUUCCUCUGUUUCUGGUAGUGUUAACGUUGGAUCCUCUCAACGCUUCUCAGAACGUGAACUAGAGAUACCUGAAUGCUCCGGUAACGGUUCAGGAAUCUCUCCACCGCCACCACCGCCACCUCCACCACCGCUUCCGCAGUUUUCAAACAGAGGACUUCACACUCUUUCUCCGCCAGAAACGGUUAAGCCGCAGACGCUUUCGUCGCAGCUAUCUGCAAAAGUUUGUGCUUCUUCUUCUUCUUCUAAACCUCUGCCGCCUCCCCCGCCACCGCCGCCGCUACCGUCACAAAAACAACUUCAAGUGAUCAACAAAACGCCACCUCCUCCUCUGUCUCUUGAUUUCUCUCAACGUACUCCGUUAGGUAAAGAUGGAGCUCCAUUACCUAAGCUCAAACCACUUCAUUGGGAUAAAGUGAGGGCUACACCAGACCGAACCAUGGUCUGGGAUAAGCUCAGAACAAGCUCAUUUGAAUUGGAUGAAGAGAUGAUUGAGUCACUAUUUGGAUACACAAUGCAAAGCUCUACCAAAAACGAAGAUGGGAGGUGCAAAACUCCAUCACCAGGAAAACAUCUUCUUGAACCUAAAAGACUUCAGAAUUUUACCAUUCUCUUGAAAGCUCUCAACGCAACCGCUGAUCAAAUCUGCUCUGCCUUGGGGAAAGGGGAAGGCUUGUGUUUACAGCAACUAGAAGCUUUAGUGAAGAUGGUGCCUACUAAAGAAGAAGAGUUGAAGUUGUGUAGCUACAAAGGAGCAGUGGAUGAGCUUGGCUCGGCUGAGAAAUUUCUCAGGGCACUUGUGGGAGUUCCAUGUGCUUUUCAAAGAGCUGAAGCAAUGCUUUAUAGAGAAACAUUUGAAGAUGAAGUGGUUCAUCUCAGAAACUCCUUCUCAAUGCUUGAGGAAGCUUGCAAGGAGCUAAAGUCAAGCAGGUUAUUCCUGAAGCUGUUAGAGACUGUCUUGAAGACUGGGAACAGGAUGAAUGUAGGAACUAUACGCGGCGGCGCGAAAGCCUUCAAGCUUGACGCUCUUCUCAAGCUAUCUGAUGUUAAGGGCACAGAUGGGAAGACAACUCUGCUCCACUUCGUGGUGCAAGAGAUAUCUAGGUCAGAAGGAAUUAGGGUUUCAGACAGCAUCAUGGGACGGAUUAUGAACCAGAGAUCAAACAAAAACAGAACAGCCGAGGAGAAGGAAGAGGAUUACAGAAGGAUGGGGCUAGAUCUCGUCUCGGGUCUAAACACAGAGCUAAGAAACGUGAAGAAGACGGCAACGAUUGAUCUUGAAGGACUUGUGAGUUCUGUUUCAAACCUAAGAGACGGGCUAGAGAAAUUGAGAUGUCUAGCGAGCAACGAAGAGAACAGAGCGUUUGUUAGUUCAAUGAGCUCGUUUUUGAGAUACGGAGAGAGGAGCUUGGAGGAGUUGAGGGAAGACGAGAAGAGGAUAAUGGAGAGAGUUGGAGAGAUCGCUGAGUAUUUUCAUGGAGACGUGAGAGGAGAUGACAAGAACCCGUUGAGGAUCUUUGUGAUUGUUAGGGAUUUUCUUGGGAUGUUGGAUCAAGUUUGUAGAGAGUUGAGGUGUGUUAGGGUUCCCAAUAGCCCUAGCCCUUUGGCUCCGUUUCGAUGAGCGACGAACAGAGGUUUGAUUGUUUGGUUUCUGUAGGAUUUUUUUUACUAAUGAAGUUGUUUAUGUGUAACAGAGUAAUGUGAAGAUUGAUAUGCAUGGAUUUGUAUAUGUAGUAGUAUCAUAUGCUUAAAUCUUGAUUUAAAAGAAUGUUUCUAGACUUUGGUAUUUUUAGUUUUGUCUCUUUCUCUGAAUAAAAAG